GUCAGUAGUGUGUCGAACGUCCGUCGCAUCAACUUCGCCAACUAGGAUUAAUCCCGGGCCAAAAUAUAAACAAAAAUGAGUUCCAAGGAGAAUAACGAAGUUGCCGUCGAAAAAUUAGACAACGACAAAAGUGAAAAGUGCGAACUGAAAGGCACGAAACGAGCGGCGGAGGAGAAAACCGACGAGCCGAAGAAGGCGAGGAAAGAGGAGAAUGGCGCCAACUCGGACGGUGAGGAGCUAGAAGAGGAGGAGGAAGAAGGUGUCGAAGAGGAGGACACCGGUGAAGACGAGAUCCCCGAAGGUGACGAGGAUGAGAUCGAAGGAGAAGAAGACGACGAGGACGAAGAGGGUGGCGAAGACGUCGCAGAAGAGGAGGAAUACGAUGCAUAAUAGAGUGAAUUCCGUCAAACAACAAUCAAGUGAACAUUAUUAUACGUGACGGACAAUUAGUAGUGCAAAAUCCCAAGCUACUUCGUGGCCCCCCCCCACCCCUCGAACCAAAAAACGCCAAAACCAAAUAAAAUUAAAAUAAUAUCCCACGCAAAAGCCAAUCCAAACUUCAGAGAACUUCAGUGCGCAGGAACGGUCGUCGUGUGAAUGGAAACGUCUCAAUAUAUGGAGCAGCAGCGGCAGCGGAAAGGUCUUCCCCCAUCUGCGUCGACGGAACUGGAGGAUAUUUCCGCCCUUCGAGCUCCCCACCCCACAAAUGCCACUAAUUAACUUGUGAUUUUCCUCUGCAUUGAAAACUGUUCAGUGCCGUUAUUUGUAACGUAAUUGUUAUGCCGCGGUACCUGAAUCAAUCUUUAACUUAUUCUUCGUAUUCCCCUUCAAUUUUUGUAUAAAAAAUAAACAAUGUCCAAUUAUUUGUGUAAAAAUAGGUAUAAAAUUUUUUAGUUUAAGUUGAUCAAUCAGCAGCGUUUUUCAUUUUCCAUUAAUUGUAAAAAAGGUUUUUGACAAAAAUAAAAUAGUACCCGAAAUCUGGUCGGCACACCGGCCACUACAUUUUAAAAAAAUGGUUGCUAUCGUUAUUGUAUAACGGUCAUGCCAAAGGUAAACAACAGAAGGGCAAUAAAAAUGUUAACAUGUAGGCUAAAGGUAGAUCUUAGCUCUAAACUGUUUUUUAGAACCGUGUGUUGUAUGUAUGUAUGAUAUCUAUUUUUUAUUUUAAUUUUUUUAAAAUGAAGAAGAACGCGACACGUCAGCCCCCGUUGUGUUGGUGCUAGUUACGCUCUUUUUUUUAAGCAACAUUCAUUUUCACUGCCAAAUGUACGAAUCGUAAAUCAUUUGUACACCUCCAUAAUGUUAUUUCUCCGGCAUUAUAAUGAAUUUUUCGCACGAUACAACCCAGAGAUGUGGAAAUGAUUUUGGACUGCUUCAUUUGGUGCAAAUUUUCAUUCCAACAAUUUACCUAGAAUUUUUUUGUUUUUGUGACAGAACGAGUGGAACGUCGGUUUCGUUCGUGCCGAUAUAUUUUUACAGAGAACGAUUGAGAUAUACACAUUUUUAUUACGUCUUACUUAAAAGUGAAAACAAACCAUGAUCUUAAUAGGAAAAUUAAUUUGUAUAAUUAAUUAACAAAACCGUGCUGUAUGAAAUUUUUUGAGUGGAGAUAAACAAUGGAUACAAUUGUUUCUUAAAAAUG